AUGGAAAAUGAUCAACGCGUUGUAAGAUUCUGCAUCAUCAAGUACCUAUCCGAUAAGAAUAUAACAUUGAACCUAAACAGUGACAGUGACAAUGAAAUUUCAUGUAUCCAUCAACAUAAAGAUAUCGACAGAUUGUUACAAAAUGCAUAUGAGAAUGUUGAAAAAAAUCUUUAUAACUCCAUUCGAAAUGCAACAGAAGCCGAUUGUCUAAUUAAUGUAUUUAGGACACAAAAGUUUUUCGAAAAAAGUAUUCUCAUGACUACAGUUUACUUAACUCCGGAACUUGUGGAAGAAGAUAAGCUUAGAGAAGUUUUUGACAUCAGCAGAAAUAUUUUCACUUUUGCCAUGACAAAAUGCUUAUUAACGGAUGAGAUUGUCAUGAACAUUUUUGAAGAUUUAUCUGUUAAAAUUCAAGUUGAUGUUGAUGAACUUAACUGCAUAAAUAAGGCCCUCGAUUCACAAAGCUCAACGAUAUCCACCAAUAAUUCUUCAGUAAAUGAUGUUAACAAUGAAGAUCAGACGACAGUGAAAUUUGAUGAUUAUGAUGAAAUCACAACAAUAAAAAAUGAUGGAGAACUUUCAUCGUCAGAAAUUGAAAUACAAAAUGGAAAAACGUCAGCAAAUAACUUUAUCAGGAAAAAUCCAACAUUGAAUAUUAAAGUAGUGGAAGACUCGAAGAAAACCGAAGAUUGCAACAUUCAUUUGUUAAAUUUAUAUUUGAGAACAUCCAGUUAUAAGUAUCCAAGCUUAACUAACGAGGAAAAUCAAUGCAUGAAAGCGAGCUUUACGGAAAAUGAUCUAAUAACAAUCUUCAAACUUAUUUCCCUCAAGCAUUCAGUUGUUGACAGCACUACGAAUAGUGGAGAAUAUCAAAAAAAACUUUUAAAUGAAUUAAUUGUGAAAACCCUCUGGAACCUUAUGGAAUGUGUUGACAUUUUUGGAUUCUUCGACGUUAUCUCCAUGUUAACUGGCAAUGAAAUACAAGAACAAACUUGA